AUGUCAAGUGAAGUCUCACAGCAGUCGAAUAAGCGCUCAAUCUCAUCUACUAUAGCGAGUUUCUUCAAAAAAGACACUUCGACGGAUCAUUAUGGCUCUGAUAAUACUGUCAAACCAAGUUCAAUAACGGCCGAUUUUGGAGAUGUGGAUACUACAGAACUACCGUCAGUGCCCGAUUUGGUGUUGUACGAAUCCAAAAAUGGUGAAAGGCCCUUUUUACUCCCAAUAAUGCCUGUAGAAAGGCUCAAAAUUCUACGUCAGAAACAAUACCUACGACAUAUUCAAGAUUCACAGCUGGGCCAAGUAGGAGUGGGCAUCAAUCCCAGCUCAACGGCUAAACUGGCAGAGAAGCAACUGGUACCUUUGAGGUCUUUGAAAAGAAGACCUCUAAACUCAGCCUCACGUUCCGCGCAGCUGCCCAGGAAGCGUAAAUUUACCAGUAAGACAAGCUUGGGAAAACGAUGGAGCGGUGAUUUUGACUACGAUCUCUCCGAGUAUGAUACUGUCAAAAAACCCAAAAUAUUGUCGUCAGUAAGCAGCGAUGAUCCAACGUCAAGUUUAGAGUCCCCUCGGCUCUCUCCAUCGGUUCUGAAACGGGGCACAAUGGGUGGAAAGAGGGUUUUAUCAAGUGGUUUAUCCAAGACUCAAGAAAAUCUCUUGAACGGAAAGUCGCUGACAGACUUGACUUCUACCUCGACACCGCAUACAAAGUCUUUACCACAAGAUAGAGGCCCCGAAGCAUCUGCCGCUACAAAGCCAUUUUUAGCUUUGCCAAGUUCCGGCUUCGAUUUCGUUAAGUCCCAGGAACCAGAAAUAGUAAAGGACAAGAUCCUCGACUCUGAUGGCCAAAAGCCUAAAGUGCAAAUCAGUCUGGAUCAGAAGGAUCUCCCAGCUGCGGCCAAUAAGUCCUUCUCAUUUCAAAAAAGUGAAUCUUCUAGUGGAGAUAAAAAGACAACCGAAAGCCCUUAUCUUAAAAAGCCAAAUACAACCUUCUUCUCGUUUGGCGCUAGUAAUGACAAACCUUUGCCGACAGCCGAAAAUGACAAACCCAGAGCUGACGAGCCGAAAAAGCCCAUAUCAUUUAGUUUCGGGAAAACAACUAACGAUCAACAUGAAAAUGUAACAAAGACGACCCCAGCUUUUACCCCAGCUCCACCACUGAAGACUUCCGCUGAAACCGAGCCCGAUCAAGGUGCUAAGGAGCCUUCAUUACCAAACGCGACUCUUCCUGCGCCCAGAAAAGGCUUCACUUUUGGGUCGGCUCCGAAGGAUUCGGAGCCUGAUGCAAGUUCUGCACCCGCACCAAAAGUAAGCGAUGCCUCAGCUACCAAACCUGCAUUUAAUUUUGGAACUCAACAGACCGUGAAGCCGACCUUUAACUUUGGGUCUAAGAGCUCAAAACCGGUGCCAGAGUCGACAUCUCAGCCCAACACCAGCCUUUUAUUCCAAAGUAAUACCCCCAAGAGUGAGGGCGCAAACAAGACCCCAUCUUUCACUUUUGGUGAAACAAAAAAAGCAGAGGAUCUUCCGAAAGAAAAGCCUUUUACAUUCGGCGCCGGAAAAAAAAGUACGGAACCUGGCACCGACAAGCCAUCAACUGGAUUUAGUUUCGGGGCUGCGAAGGAGCCUGUUGAGUCAUCGAAGCCAGGCGCAUUCUCUGGGUUUUCUCUUGGCAAUAAGUCUGAAUCAGCGCCUCCUGAAAGUACAUCCACUGUACAAAAGCCCUCAUUCUCUUUCAAAAGGUCUGCUGAUGAGCAAACUGGAGCUGCUCAGACUUCCGUAGCUGGUCAACCAAGCUCCACUCCUGCCGUGGAGUCCAAACCUUUUAGUUUUGGCCCUACCGAAGGAAAGGACAAAUCUGCCACACCAUUCAGUUUUGGAUCCACCGCGGAAAACAAGUCCACCACCCCAACCUUUUCUUUUGGAAGCGGAACCCAAACCAAUGCUGGGCCUCAGUUGGGAGGAGGAUCUGGCUUCAAGUUCGAUACAAACGGUUUGAACCAAAACAUCAAUCAGAAUGACCAAUCGAAAACGACUUUCCCAGCUAGUUCAAGCCUUGGUGCCACUAAACCGCUGUUUAGCUUCGGUAGUACAAGUCCACCAGUUGCUGCACCGCAACCACAGCAGUCUGCGACCACCUUGGCACAGCCUCCGCAAAAUACUGGAUUCAACUUUGGCUCUGGGUCAACUACGAGUAAUAAUUCUCCGGCUUUUGGGGUAAGUGCCAAUAACCAACAGACUGGUUUUAAUUUUGGAGCUGGGAACACAACUGCAUCGUCCACACCACCACCAUUUGGGGCUUCCAACCCCAGUCUCACAACAAUGAACCCUCAGAGUCGGCCAUUCAGUCCUUCCAACACUAUCAACAUGAACUUUGGGGGCGUCGCUUCUCAGCCUCCCAGCUCAAUUUUUGGCGGAGGUGCAAGCACCCCAGCACAGAUCUUUGGCGGGCAAGCACCGGGCACAACGGGCUCUUUUGGAAGCGGAGGAGUUAAUCAAAAUCCCGCUCAAAUAUUUGGAAGCUCCAGCACGGGCGAUAUACCUCAACAGCAGAGUCAAACUCCCAUGUUAAAUCUUCCUCCUGGUAGAAAGCUCGCUCGAAUGCGGGCAAGAAGGAACUAG